AUGUCUGCUGCUAAAAAACUCGACACUAAGAAGAAGGAGGAGAAGGAUAUGAACAACCUAGUACGAUCUUCGGCCUCGUUGCUGGUUUAUGCAAAACCCACCAACCAGGUGUUGUUUCUCAAACGUCCGGGAAAGGGAUCGUUUCCCGCGAGCCAUGUCUUCCCAGGAGGAGCUCUGGAUGCCAAAGAUCCGUGCCUGGAGUACUGUGCAAUCAGAGAGACCCACGAGGAGACGGGACUCUUGUGUUGCGACAAGCCGUUUGUCGAAAAAAAAGAGCUGUUUGAGCCCGUGUGGAAGAAACUGGGUUUGACCAAGCCUUAUGCUCAUCUUUUGCCUGUGUCAAAUUGGACCACUCCCCCUACCGGAGUCACAAACAAACGAUUCAUCAACCACCUUUACAUCUGCCCAGUUUCAUCGACGUUUGUACAUGACGUCCAGAUGCCCUCGGAAGCAGCUAUCAAGUCGGGGGAAUUCAAUAAAGGUGCGUUGGAGUGGCUGGGACCUAAAGAGGCACUUGACAAGUUCGAGACAGGAGAAAUCGUGCUCUACCCUCCUCAGUACUACCUUCUGAAGGCUCUGGUGGAAAAUAAUUGUGAGGAAAAGAAGGUGAGCGAGAUUCUGGGUAUGCGCAAGUUCGAGCCUGUGGUUAUCGAGUCGCUCCCAGCUCCCGAGGGACACAAAAAGCUCGUCAUGGACUGGGGCAUGGGAGAACGGGGUAUUAUCACCUUUAAGAAGGGCGUCCCUAUCAAGAUCGAGCAUCUCAGAGAUGUGCCCAAGUUGUAG